CUGCCAACUGCUCAUGGCGCCCGAGGGGCCUGCGCGCCAGGCCCAGCUCGCCACGGACUCCACGCUAGAAACCACACGGAUCCGCCUUAUCUACACCUUCAUCGAGGGCAGCGCAAAGACUGACGACGAGGACUUCUGUAAGUUGAAGAAGGCCCGGGUCUUUGAGGACGGGUUUUUCUUGCACACGAUGCUGGCUGGCCCCCAGGAGGGGCCUGGAGAGGGACCUGCAGGUGGGCUGAGCCCACAGCUCUUGAAGACGGAGGAGAAACUGAGGAAGUGGGCCCAGUGGAGAAAUAUGUUCCAGAGGCAGCCGGUCGAUGCUAUCAGGGACUACUUUGGUGAGAAGGUGGCACUGUACUUCGCCUGGCUUAGCUGGUACACGUGGAUGCUGGUGCCCGCGGCAGUGGCCGGUCUCAUAGUCUUCCUGAGCGGCUUCGCCCUGUUCAAUGCCAGCCAAAUCAGCAAGGAGAUCUGUGAGGCCCACGACAUCAUCCUGUGUCCCCAGGGAGACCACCUCCACCAGGCCCAGCGGCUUUCAGACACCUGCACCUUCGCCAAGCUCACCCACCUCUUUGACAACGAGGGCACCGUGGUGUUUGCCAACUUCAUGGCUCUCUGGGCCACCGUGUUCCUGGAAGUCUGGAAAUGGAAGCAGGCCUGUGUGACACAUCGCUGGAAUCUGAGUGGCUGGGACCAGGAUGAGGAGGAGAUGAUGAUGAUGAAGAUGAGCUGCCCCCAGAGGCGCUGCAGCUUUCAAUGGCACUCCUUGCUGCGAAACGCUGUCGUCCUCCUCCUGUCUCUCUUCAUGAUCUGUGUCAUGAUCGGCAUGGCUCACGUCCUGGUUGUCUACCGUGUCCUGGCUGCGGCCCUCUUCAGCCACUGGGCCUCACCCCUGCUGGCAGGGCAUGUGACCACCGCUGUGGUGGUCUCGGGGGCCCUUGUGCACUAUGUGACCAUCGUCAUCAUGACCAAGAUCAACAGGUGUGUGGCCCUGAAGCUCAGUGAGUAUGAGUGGCCCAGAACCUUCUCAGAUUUCCAGAGCAAGGUCACGGUCAAAUUCUUCAUGCUCCAGUUUUUUGCCCAUUUCUCCUCCCUCAUCUACAUCGCCUUCAUCUCCCCCAGGAUCAACGGCCACCCUGGGAAGUCUGUGCGCCUCGCAGGGCUGUGGAAGCUGGAGGAGUGCCAUCUCAGCGGCUGCAUGAUGGACCUGUUCGUGCAGAUGGCCGUGAUCAUGGGACUGAAACAGACACUGAGCAGCUGCGUGGAGUACCUGAGCCCGUGGAUUCGAAACAAGUGGCGCUCCUACAAGUUCGGCCCCCUGUCCACGGACCCCGAGCUGAAGGAGUGGCAGCGGAAUUACCUCCUGGACCCGGUCACCACCUUCAGCCUGUUCGAUGAGUUCAUGGAGAUGAUGAUGCAGUAUGGCUUCACCACGCUCUUCGUGGCCGCCUUCCCGCUGGCCCCGUUGCUCGCGCUGUUCAGCAACCUCGUGGAGAUCCGCCUGGACGCCAUCAAGAUGGUGAGGCUGCAGCGGCGCCUCAUCCCUCGCAAGGCCAAGGACAUUGGGACGUGGCUGCAGGUGCUGGAGACCAUUGGUGUGCUUGCGGUCAUCUCCAAUGGGCUGGUCAUGGCCUUCACCUCGGAGUUCAUCCCAAGAGUGGUUUAUAAGUACCACUAUGGCCCAUGCGGGUUGAAGGACCACCAUGCCGUGGACUGCCUCACUGGCUAUGUCAACCACAGUCUGUCAGUGUUCCAAAUCAAGGACUUCGAGAGACCUCUGCAGGCGGAGAGCUGGGAGACUGUGACUGAGUGCAGGUACCGGGAUUACCGCAAUGGCCACAAGGAGCACUACAGCCUCUCCAAGAAGUUCUGGUUCCUUCUGGCCAUCAGACUGGUCUUCCUCAUCCUCUUCGAGCACGUGGCCUUGUGCAUCAAGCUCAUUGCUGCCUGGUUCCUGCCAGAAAUGAAAAACGGUGUUCUCAGCAUCAAGUUCAAGAGGGUCCAGAAGAAGAUGGAGUACCAGGCACACAGGCAACAGUCUGGGGGGCCACAGUUCCCCUCGGCGUGCAGCUCCUGCCCCAAGAGCACAGCUGUGUAG